UUAGGCUUUUCAGGGAAGCGCCCGUUUUGUGCUAAAAUUAAAAUGGAAAAAUAAUCUGGAUUACUUUUUUGAGUUACACAAUGCACUUCAAAUAACCCCCGAGGAAUACGGAAGGUUACGCUCAUCACAAUUUUAAAUUAAAAAUGUCGUUUGCAUGUGGAAUACAGGUGAUGAAGAUUAAUUAACAAAUGGAAAUUGCAGACAGUUUAAUCCUCGGACCGGUGUAUUUCUUUGAUCAGCCUGCAGGAUGCGCAAAACGCAAAAAACGUUCAAGAAAACCUAUAGAAGAGCUGCCUCCUGACUUGAGAUAUGUUGCAAUCAAUCCACGCUUGGCUGCUUUCCUUAGAAGGGGUAAAAAGGGUGCAGAAGAAGUGGCGGGAGAGGAUAACGAAGAAAUCAAGUCUAAAGAAGGUGUCAAAAAGAAAGAAAAAACAGCGGUUCUGCCCGAGACGGGUAACGAGCCCGGAAGCGUGGCGAGCCAGGAUAAAGACCCCGCUCCAGGCGCCGCGCAGUGCGGCUCGACGCCCGCAGAGGAUGCCGAGACCAGCCCCGUGGAUGAGUACAAGUACGGCGCUCCGAUCUUGCUAGCGGAGCUGGGGAGGAUGCUGGAAGAGUGGGAAGGCUGCGGAGAGGGCAUUUUCCCCCGGGGGCUGGUGAACGUCCUCUCCUACAGCUGGAAAGAGCUGACCGAGGGGGCCUUGCACGCCAAAAGGCAGUGGCCGUCGCUGGAGACUCAGGGCGAGAAGCAUGGAAAGCAGAGGAGCUCAGUGCCUUCCGACAAACUCUCUGACGACUCCCCGGCAGAAAAAAGCCAGCGGGGCAAGAGCAAAGCAAAAAAGAGAGUCACACUUCAAGGGACCACACAAGAGUCCACAAACGUGUUGAAUAAGCAGACAACAGCAACAGGGUCGAAACGUGAGAAGAAAUCCAGGAAGUCAGACAACACAACACAACGAGAUCAUGCAGUAGAUUCAGCUCAGGUGUCCCAUUUACCAGUGACCAUAAGUUUCUCCAUGUCUUCAAAGAACUGUGAAGAGCAAGGUUGGAUUGUCCUGCAGCAGGAACCGAAGCCUGAUGACCCAGAGUGGACGUCACUGUGUGGAUGGGCUGUAGAGAGACUUCGACUUGCUCAAGUGCCGAUAAAGGAACAAAUUGCGAAGAUGGAGGAACAAGGAUUCACCAAGCCAAUCCUCCUCUAUCAUUAUGGGGAUGCUAGAAAGGCCACCAUUGCCAAACACAAGAAGGAGCUCAAUAAGAACUGCCUGUUUGCUCUUAUCAAUGGGAGGCCUUGUCUUCCUGAACUGAGGCAGGAAGACAAAUCAUUACAGAAACUGCACUAUCGAAUCAACGAUGGAACUUCAUUCAUAUAUUACCCCUCAGGACGCAUUGCUGUCUGCCAGAGCCACUCCGGACUGGCCAGUGGUGGAUACUACACAAAUGUUUUCAGUGACUCCCCUGACCCAACUGUUGUUGCUGCCUUCACUGCUUUUGGACAUGGUAGUGUCUGUCAUUAUAAUAGUGACAAGGUGGCUGUGGUGUUCGACCACACAGGGGGGAUGAUGUGUGAAGAGGACGGCACGGUGAGCAAAGAGUGGAAGUGGACCCAAGGAGCUAAACUGAACGAGCCAGUCGUGACCCAGGUUAAUGAUUUCAUCACUAUUCGAGUUGCCAGCCCAUUCUCAGCAAGCCUUUCUUACCAGGAACGCCAGGAGACGAUACAGUUGUCUCUUUCUCCGCUGGCCAACACCACUCCGCCAAAGAACAGUGACCUGGGUCAGAUUGUGAGUGAAGGAAAAUUCUCCUCAAACACAGCUCGACAGCUUUCGAAGGCUAACAGAAAGAAGACGAAGGAACUUGAGGCGAGGAAAAAAUUCAUGGCGAAGAACCCUAACCAGAUGGUCACUAAAUCUUCAAGUGCGUUCAUGGAGAUGGUGAAGACGUUGGAAACCCUGGAAGAAGAGCCUGGUUACCAGCGGGGAGUAAAGGCUGCUCGGGAGCUGAAAAAGCUCCAGAGGAAGAUCCAGAACAUUCUUGACGACUGGAUGGAGCACUAUCGCAUUGCUACAGGAAUCAAUAGCCCAGAUAUUCACAAAAUGUCUGAUGUCCCACAAAAGAUUCUGCUGAAACGCAAAACUCGGUCAGCAGCUUUGCCCACACUGCCUCCCGUUGGUGUGGAAGAAACAUUACAACCCGCAAAUGGCAACACUGAGCAGAGUCCCUCUCGUUACCUGUCGGCACCAGCACGACACAACCUGUGGGACCAUCCCAGGAGUGCUUCCAAGUCACCAAGGACAAUCUCUACGGUGCAGAAAUACGAGAAGGAGGAGCAGAAUCUUAUCUCUGAAUCCGGAGCUCUCCGGGGUCCCAGCAUCCCCAGCCUGGAUCCUGUAGUGUUCAGAAGUCCCGAGAGAAGCCGAGCGCUGCCCCUCUCCUACCAGCCCUGUCCCGUGCUGCUGAGGGAGGCAAUGCUGGGGGAGGGGGAGAGGCGGAUGUGCAGGUGCAGCAGCCACCAGAUGCCCUCCCUGACAGACCUGGAGCUGGACGCCUUUGUCCGCGGCCAGGCGCCAUGUGGCCACCAGAUCCUGGUGGUGUGCGUGAGCUCUUCCGCCAGGCCGCAAGCCCAACCCGGCAUGGGUGUGCUGGAGGAGCUGUACGAGAAGAAGAACAGAAACAGGAGCAUGCCUUGCACACAGUGUCGUCUGGACUCCUUUCGGUUGGUAAAGUACGAUGUCUUCACUGCCGACACUUGUGCUGGCUCAAACCCCUGUCUGCUGGUGGAGCGUCACAACGUGGCUCCGGGGAUGUUUUUGAUGUACAUUAGUGGAAAGCUCCUGUUUGCUGACUACAUCUUCAAUGGAUACAGCAGCUCAGUGAAGGAUCUUCAGAAGCAGAUUGCCAAAACACGUGGAGACUAUCGUAUGGGACACUGCCUUCCCGCCGAUUUUAGAUUCAGUCCUCAGAGGGAGGCACAGGAAGGAGUCGGUCCUCCUGUGUCCCAGGAUGGUCCUGACCAGAGGGAGCAGUGCCAUUCCAGAGCUGCUGUCCCAUCAGAGGACGCUCACCUACAGGCCACUGACAGAUUGCCGUCUGCCCAAGAGUUUGUAACCUACACCAUGUCCAAGAGAAGCCACCUGCUCUGCGUCCAGAAGAGCCCCCCAGCCCCCUUCCCUUCCCUUCGCCCAGAGAAGUGCCUGCAGAGUCCCAGGCCUCACAGGCCGAUGGCCGGCUUCUCUCCCAGGCCCUGACCUUCUCUCACCACGGCUCGGAGAUGCAAGACCGACCGGCGUACUGCACCAGUGGCACCCUGCGUUUAGAUUUGACGCCAAAAUAAAAUCUGCAUCUAUA